CCCAUUGCCUGCUAGUAGCAUUAUGCGUUUUGUUACUUUUUUUUAAAUCCCCUCUCUGACUCUGACGUAAGCCUCUACACUGCAGCCCUGUUCAACAUUGCAACAAUACAAAUCCCCUGUGAGCAGGUAGUCAGCAUGUUUGCCCACAUGUUGGCCCUAUAGCGUAGCAGGCUGGAUAUUGUAGUAAUUUACAAUUGAUUCGUGACCUCUCGCGUUCUUACAUCAUAACGAGGAAAACCACGUAUCCCAGCAUGACUUUCUUCAGCCAUUUAGUUACCCAAUGGAUGCUCGGUGCGCUUAUUCAGUGACCAAUCGGGGGGUAGCCUAAUCUUUUAAUUCUAAGAGUUAAAUACCACGAAAAACGUUUUAUCAGCGCAAUUUACAUCAAUUAGUUUAUUAGCCUAGUGUGGAAAGCGCUUGUGCGAUCUGCAAAGCUUCAUUUUGGUCAACAAGUGGUUGGCACGAUCAACAGAGACAGAUUCCAGGUUUUUGUCAGCACACAGGUAAAAUGUUUUCUAUUAAUUCUUCUGAUACAUAACGCGUGGUGUUCCAGUCAAUACGAACACUAUAAAGUUUGUUUUAAAUUAAACAACAAAGUUACAUAACUAACUUAUUGCCCUAAACCUAACAUGGUCAAUGUACAUAAAUCCGUAGAAUGAAUAGUGUCUAUAACCUACGUGGUGUAAUUUCCUACUGAAAAAGAAUGAUUUGACGGAUGAAAUUGAUAACAUAGCCUCUCGAACUUUUUCCUCAGGGGCAGCAGCUCGACAUGCUAUCGGGUAUGCGGGUCUGUGUGCCCUCCGCUGCAGCUCUAUUUGGCUCGUUGUGCCAUGGCUGUCGCAGCUGGGCACGUAGUUUGUCAUUCCGGGGUUUUAGUUGGUCGCCCCGAAAGAUCAGCCGGUGGAACAGUCAAGAUUCCAUUGACCUACCUCCUGCGGAGAACCCACGAAUUCUCAUCACAGGUGGCCUUGGACAGUUAGGUGUGGGGCUUGCAGAAAUCCUGAGGAAACAGUAUGGAACAGAAAACGUUAUCCUAUCGGAUAUCAAGAAGCCUCCACCAGAAGUGUGCAGAAGUGGCCCGUUUGUGUAUGCUGACGUGUUGGACUUUAAGAACCUCAGAGAGUUGGUGGUGAAUAACCGCAUCACCUGGCUGGUGCAUUACAGUGCUCUACUCAGUGUUGUGGGAGAGGCAAAUGUGGCCCUGGCACGCAAGAUCAAUAUCACAGGGCUUCAUAAUGUGCUGGACCUGGCUCUAGAGAGCUGUUUACGUCUCUUUGUCCCCAGCACCAUCGGAGCCUUUGGCCCUUCUUCUCCCCGUGACCCUGCACCUGACCUGUGUGUCCAGAGGCCUCGCACCAUUUAUGGGGUUUCCAAAGUGCAUGGCGAACUGAUGGGGGAGUAUCUUCAUCACAAGUAUGGACUGGACUUCCGCUGCCUACGCUAUCCUGGCGUCAUCUCAGCUAACACACAGCCUGGGGGAGGAACAACAGACUAUGCUGUCCAGAUUUUUCACGAUGCCCUCAGCACGGGUCACCACGAGUGCUAUUUACGCGCUGACACGCGUCUGCCGAUGAUGCAUGUUGGUGACUGCCACCGUGCGACUGUGGAGUUCAUGCAGGCCCCGGAAUGCCAGCUGUCGCUGCGCACAUACAACAUCGAUGCCAUGAGCUUCACCCCUGAGGAAGUGGCCACGGAAAUCCGCAAGCACCUGCCCCACCUCAAGGUCACCUAUAACCCUGACUCUGUCCGCCAGACAAUUGCGGACAGCUGGCCGGUGAGGUUUGAUGACUCCAACGCACGGAGAGAUUGGGGCUGGAAGUCGACAUAUGGGCUUGAGGAGCUCGUCUCAGACAUGCUGAGCUCCAUCCGUGACAAGAGGACCAACGCCGGACUGCCAGUCAGCUAGCAGGUCCCGCCCACAGAGAGUGACUUACCAAUCACUAUUCCCUUAAGUCCGCUUCAGCCUGGGUCUGCCUAUCACAACAGACCCUCUUUCCUUAGCAUCAUCUCCAAACCAGGACUCUUCUGUAAAUCAGGAUAAUAUUACACCAAUAAACCAGGGACUAUUUUCAAACCUGUCAUCUUCAGCCAGAACCACUCAACUUUCCACAACAGUGGACACUGACACCACAGACACACACACACCACACAAGUAACAGGCAACAAGCACCCUCUCAUAAUAGCAGCUUUACUCUUUUCAGGGAACCAUACUGUCAACCAUUCUCUUAUGUUGUGACUGUCUUCAGUAUCUGUUUUAAAUGUGAUAGAGAAUUUUAAUAUCAUAGCAGGUUUGACAUAGGCCUUAAACGUCUGGGGGAAAUAGGCUUCAGGCAAAUUAUUUUACAUAUAGUUAGUCAUAACCCUACCUUCAGUUUCCAGUAUCUCAAGGGGUUUCAUUUACAUUUUACAUUUACAGUACGUCAUUUAGCAGACAGUCUUAUCCAGAGCGAUGUACAGUUAGUGCAUUCAUCUUAACAUAGCUAGGGGAGACAACCACAUAUCACAGUCAUAGUAAGUACAUUUUUCCUUAAAGAAGUUAUCAGCAAAGUUAGUGCUAAUAGGAAAUGUUCCUCCUUGCCUGCUGUAUUAGGGUAGUAUAGAGGGCACAGUGAUUUCCUUCCUGGCCUGCUGCAUUAGGGUAAUAUAGAGGGAACAGUGAAAUGACACAGGAGCAGUGAGAGAUAUAGGGACAACUAUCAGAAGAAAUAGAAAAUCCACAAUGUUUACAAAAGGCCUGCCUUUACAACACAACUUCAGUACAUUUUCAAACAUCUCCACAGUCAGUGUGAUUUUGGGUACCAAAUCAAUUCAGAAUUGAAGCCUUAUUUUUAAUUGAAAACUAAUUAGAAAUAUAUUUGUGAGUAAUGAACAAAAUUGCAGUGUACUUUUGAUCAUAAAUUGAAUAAAUCUCUUAAUUUGCCCAUUC